UUAUGUGCGCCAAUGAGAAGUGAAUAGAGUUUCAGUACUUAAGUUUUUUUUGAAAAAAGUAACAAAAAGUGUGAUAUUCAUUUAGUUAUAAACAAAUUAUGUUUUUUUGUAUAAUACAGUAAUUUUUUAUUAAGUGGUUAUUUAUACAACUUUUGUAAUCUGCUACUUCCAGCAUCUGUAUCAUAACAUGACGUGUCAACUUUAAUUUAUGUUUAAAAAAUGGUAGUGCUAUUCUUGAAUUUCAUUUAAUUACAAAAAAUUACAGUAUGAAUUACAACGCAAACAUAGGUUCACGUCCAAAUUUGGGUAAAAAAAUUAAACGUGUGAGCGAUGUUAACGCUAUGGGUUAUCAGCCUUAUUCCCAACAACAGUCACCACCUCCACCGCCACCGUCAGCUUUUCCAACAGGAAGCCCCAACAUAAAUUCCCAACCUGUAGGAUACCCUGCAGGGCAACCAAGAUAUGCUAAUGAUAACUUUGUUCCAAAUAUUCCGCAGACUCCGAACAUGAGUGUUGGAACUCCCUACAUGGGGCAACCUCAGCCUCAAAUGAAUCCUGCACUUUUUGCUCAACCAAUUGUUCAAGAUAUGGCUUAUCAAUAUGGUCAACAGUUGGCAAGUACAGGGACGACUUUAGUAAAACAAAAUAUAGACAAGUAUGUACCUGUAUCAAAAUUGAAAUACUACUUUGCAGUUGAUACCAAGUAUGUUGCCUCUAAAUUGAAACUGUUGUUUUUCCCAUAUUUACACUCAGACUGGGCCUUGAAAUAUGAACAAGAUGGUAGUCCAGUGCAGCCAAGAUUUGAAAUAAAUGCCCCAGAUUUAUAUAUUCCAACCAUGGCUUACGUUACCUACGUUUUAGUCGCAGGAAUCGUCUUAGGUAUGCAACAGAGGUUUAGUCCUGAGCAAAUUGGAAUCUUGGCAUCUUCAGCUUUGGCCUGGUGUAUUGUUGAGUUAGUUAUUUACAGUUGCACCUUAUAUAUUGUUCACAUAGAAACGACCCUGCGUACCUUCGAUUUGCUGGCUUUUAGUGGUUACAAAUUUGUCGCGAUAAUUGCAAGUAUUUUAGCAACAUUAGCAGCUGGUACUACAGGAUAUUACGUCACGUUGACCUACACGACGUUUUCCUUAGCGUUCUUCUUAAUACGAACGCUGAGGGUGCAGGUUUUGUCGGAAACGUCGACGCAACAGUCUCAAUAUUAUGGUUCUAAUUAUCCCACUGUAGGUAAUAAGAGAAGGCUUUAUUUUUUGCUUUUUGUGGCCGGAUUGCAACCCAUUUUGUCUUGGUGGUUGUCAUUCCAUUUGCUGGCAAAGGAACUUAAAGCUCCGGAUAUAUUAAAGUCUUCUUAGCUGCUGAAAAUGCCCUUUAUUAUUUACAUUUUACGAUUAUUUAUAUUCGAAUCUAACAGUAAGAAAUCAAAAUAUUUACUCAUGUUUAAUAAAAUUAAUUCAGACGUGAACAACAUAUUUGAGUGGCAUUUUAAUUAUGCAAUUUUGUAUAAGAUACAAUAAAUAUUUUGAAAG